CAGCAGCAGCAUCAACUCUUUCCCAGCUGCUCAGCCCUUGUGACGGUGGAAAAACUGAACGGAAAAGGCUGCAGCCUCCGCCGCCGCCAGGCGACCUUAAGCCGCGCGUCCUGGCUCUCCCACGCGGCUGCAGCAGGCAGGGCGAGAGUUCCUGUGUUGCUCGUUCACAAUCCCAGCUCGUCUCCAGCAUGCUUUCGCUCCCCAGCAGCUCUUCUGAGAAGCCAAACAGCUGCGGAGAGAGGCUGGAUCGUCUCCUCCUCCGGCCACUGCGCUCGCCUAGGCUCUCCCUGGCGCGGCUGGGACAUGUGGUGGUGCCCCCAGCAGAUGCCCGGACUCCUGCCAGGAUCCUGGCCCCCUGUGGUCCCUGAGCUCUGCCAAGCCAGACCCCUGUCGCUCCUGCUGGGCUCUCUGGUGGCAAACCCUUCAGUCAGGUUCCACUGGAUUCCUUCCCCUUCGGCACCGUCAGCUGGCAGGACUUUCUGACUCCGGAGGUGCUGCUGCGUGUCCUUGCGAGGCCAAGCCCGUCGCAGCCAUGGAGUUUGCGGAGCUGAUCAAGACCGCCACAGUGGACGGCGUGGUCCUCUCCUGCCCGGGCAUCCAGCCAGUGAGGGGGACGCUUUGCAUCACCAGCCACCACCUCCUCCUGUCGUCCCAGCGGCGGGGAGAUGGGGAGCAGAGCCGGAUUGAGCUGUGGCUUCUGAUCCGCAACGUGGAUGCCCUCGAGAAGAGUGUACAGAAUCUGAGCUGGUUUCAAAGCUCCUGGACUAACGGCUCCCCCCGAGAAACCAGGCUCACGAAUGCUUCCGGCACCAUCACUCUGAAAUGCAAAGACUUAAAAGUUCUGCAGUUGGAGAUCCCAGGGAUGGAGGAGUGUCUCAACAUUGCCCGCUCCAUUGAGGCACUCUCCUCCGUGGAGUCGGUGAUGAUGACCUACCCCUUCUUCUACAGACCCCAAAGCAUGAGGCUGGAAGACGGGUGGCCACCUUGCGUCCUCAAGCAAUACUACCAGCAAAUAGCCUUGGAUACAGAUGCCUGGAGGCUCAGUAGCCUCAACGAGGACUUUGGUGCCUGCCCCAGCUACCCGCCGGUCGUCAUCGUGCCGGCUGCGGUGGAGGACGGGGCCCUGAGGAAGAGUGCCCGCUUCCGCCACGGGAGACGCUUUCCCGUCCUCAGCUAUUACCACAAGAAGAACGGGACUGUGAUGCUUCGGAGCAGCCAGCCGCUGGUCGGGCCCAACCGGAAGCGCUGCCCGGAGGAUGAGCUGCUGCUCAGCGCCGUGCUGGAUCGGGGGGACCGCGGCUUCAUCCUGGACACCAGAUCGGCACAGGCGGCCAAGCAGGCCCACAUGGCCGGGGGAGGCACCGAGCACAAGGCCUCCUACCCCGGCUGGAAAAGGCUGCAUCGGCCCCUGGAGAGGGGCCGCCCCCUCCAGGAAAGCUUCGUCCGACUGGUGGAGGCCUGCAAUGACCCUUCCCUCAGCAUGGACCGCUGGCUGAGCAAGCUGGAAGCCUCCAAAUGGCUCUCCCACGUCAAGGAAGCCUUGAGCACAGCCUGCCUGGCGGCACAGUGCGUGGAGAGGGAGGAGGCCUGCAUCCUGGUGCACGGAGCAGAGGGGACGGACACCACCUUGCUCGUGACGGCCCUCGCCCAGGUCAUCCUGGAUCCGGACUGCAGGACGCUGGCUGGCUUCCAGGGGCUGCUGGAGCGGGAAUGGAUACAGGCUGGGCACCCGUUUUCCCUGCGCUGUGCCCACUCCGCCUACUCUCACGCCCGGCUCAAGCAGGAGUCUCCCGCGUUCCUCCUCUUCCUCGACUGCGUCUGGCAGCUGGGGCGCCAGUUCCCCUUAUCGCUGGAGUUCAGCGAGCAGCUCCUGCUGACGCUGUUUGAACACAGCUACGCUUCUCCCUACGGCACUUUCCUGUGCAGCAACGAGAAAGAAAGGAAGCUCUGUGAAGUGAAGGAGAAGACCCACUCUCUCUGGGCCGGGCUAAACCGCGAAAGGCAAAAGUACCUGAACCCACUGUACACACGCAAUCCCUUGGUCAUCUGGCCAACAGUCGAGCCCCAAUGUGUGUUACUCUGGCAAGGAUUAUUCCUUCGCUGGAUCCGCUCAUCCAAGCACUUAGAUGACGCAUGGGGAGAAAUCCAGAUAAUAGUAAGAAACGGCAAAAUCCUCCCAGAACAAUCAAGGGAAUCAGCACCAGACCAGAUUCCAGCACGGGAUGUUUCAGAAGCUGGAACGAAAGAACUAGCAACCUAAGGAGAUAUCUUUUGGCGAUCCAUGUCAGCCAUGACCUGGUUUCUCCCCAGUACCUCACAAACAUGGUCCUCCCCAGAACAAUAUGAAUAUUUAUAUACUGCUUUUCAACACAAGUUCCCAAAGCAGCUUACACAGAAAUAAAUAAAUAAAAUGGC